UCAGGAAGUGAUACCGUGCUGUUUGUCUCAGUGGAGAUCCCCUUGACUUGGCUGCAGCACCCGGUGUGGUGUUCUCUCCCUCUCAUCCAGGGUGAAAGCCAGAUACGUUGGAAACAGCGAACUGACGCUUGACUCUGUGGAAGGCCGGGUCCACACUGACACACACAGCCUCCUCUCUGUGGCGGGACAGCACGGGUGACACUCUUGUAGUGCAACAUGAACCUAUCAGAUUACGACUCCAUCAUGUACUCGGAUUGCUACUAUGAGCCCACCUGUGAGAUGGAUCUCAGUCUAUAUCUGCCUGAUGGAGACAGGAUUAUGACGGUUCUUUGCUAUGUGAUGUUUGGGUUAGGCCUGCUAGGCAACACCACGAUUCUCUGGGUUCUCCUCCGGCACAUCAAGCUGAAGACCAUGACGGACGUGUGCCUCCUCAACCUGGCCCUGUCUGACCUCAUCCUGGCUGCAUCCCUGCCCCUCUGGGCCAUCAAUGCCCACAACCUUGCAUUGUGCAAACUGAUGACAGGAGUCUAUCAGCUGGGUUUCUACAGUGGGGCAAUGUUUGUGACCCUGAUGUGUGUGGACCGCUACCUGGCCAUCAUCCACACUGUUGCAGCCAUGCGAGCCCGGACCCUUCACUAUGGAAUCAUUGCCAGCGUCAUUAUCUGGGUUAUAUCCUUCAUUGCCGCGGCCCCUCAGGUGAUCUUUGCCUCCUUGGAGAUGGAACCGGGAGAUCCCACUGUCCGGUGUCAGCCGCUCUAUCCAGAGGACACGGAGAGGUUUUGGAAGUUGCUCCGAAACGUCAGUGAGAACACGGUGGGCCUUUUUGUGUGCCUCCCCAUCAUGAUUUUCUGCUGUGUGAAAAUCCUGGUUAUGCUGAACAAGUGUGGAAACUCCAAAAAGGGCAGAGCUGUAAAGCUGAUAUUUGGUAUAGUGUGUGUGUUUGUGGUGUGCUGGGUCCCCUACAAUGUCACAGUGUUCCUUCAGACACUGCAGCUGUUCGACCUCCUAAACAGCUGCGAGGCUACAAACAACAUCAGCGCUGCUAUGAGCUACGCUGAGAUCAUUGCACUGUCUCACUGCUGUGUGAAUCCAGUCAUCUAUGCAUUUGUAGGGGAGAAGUUCAGGAAGUCACUGGGCAAAGUGCUGACUAGGUAUCCCUGCUGCAUCCCCCGGCGCCACAGCAGCGAAUGUCCAGCCACAGAGACACCACUGAGAUAGAGAUAUCAUAGAUAUAGAUAGAGAUUAUAUAAAAAACACACCUUGCUCCUGCAUUACUGUCCGAUGACGUGACAUGUUGUAUUUUUGCAAAUGUUAUUAUAACGAAAACAAAGUCAAAUAAAGACAGUAAAACUUGAAUAAUGCCAUAAAUCAUGUAAUUUAACAAAUUACUUUUAAAGUAGCAUGACCCAACACUGCUGGAAAAAACUGUCAUGCGUGCCUGCGGCAUGCAAAGCGAAUCAGCCAGCGAUAAGAUCAUGACAGUAAAAUUAGCAAUUUAAUUUGUACUUUUUCAAAAGCAAUGCCUUGAGCCUGUGUGAGAAGGUAUGUAGGGUGGCAUGAUUGGCUGAAUGAGCAGAGCGGAUCUUGUUGAUCAGUUUGAAUUUUAUUGGUUAAUAAAAGUUCAGGUAGGAGUCACUGUA